CAAUAUGAGUCGUCUUUUUUCUGGGAAUAUCAGCCGUAAGAUCUAGGGUUGCACUUCAUUUAUAUUCUCUUUCUCCGCCAUCUCAGAUCUUCUCCUCUGGUAGCAGCUCCGCCGAGCAGUCUCAUAAACCCUAAUAAAACUAGGAGAACUUGAGAACCGCGAAAAUGGUUCAGCGUCUCACUUAUCGCAAGCGCCACAGCUAUGCCACCAAGUCCAAUCAGCACCGGAUUGUCAAAACUCCUGGUGGGAAAUUGGUGUAUCAGACCACUAAGAAGAGGGCCAGUGGUCCUAAGUGCCCUGUCACCGGCAAGAGGAUUCAAGGGAUUCCUCACUUGAGACCUGCGGAGUACAAGCGGUCAAGAUUGCCCAGGAAUCGGAGGACUGUGAACCGUGCCUAUGGAGGUGUUCUGUCUGGUGGUGCUGUGAGAGAAAGGAUCAUCCGUGCUUUCCUUGUGGAGGAGCAAAAGAUUGUUAAAAAGGUGCUCAAGAUUCAAAAGGCCAAGGAAAAGCAGGCAUCUAAGUAACUUGGAGAAGCAAAGAGUUGUUGAAAACGGCCAGCAUUAGGAGGAAAUUGUUUGAUCAUAUGUUUUAGAGUGUUUCGGUUUCAAUUUGUUAUUUUCCUUUUCAAUCUCUAAAGAAUUAUGAAUUCCUAGUACUCCGUUUUGGGCCUUGAUAACAAUUUUUGUGCUCAGUUUCUGCACCAUUCCUUCCCGUGAACUCCUCUUUGACGUUUAAUCUUUGGUUGACGCAUACCAAUUUUACUAGCUUCGUC